GACAAAGCGGAUGAAAAAAUAGACGCUGCACAGAAAUACAAUUAAAACAAUGAAAAGCCUAAAAAUUACGGCUGGAAAACACUGGCUGGUGGUACAGGUGAUAGUGAAGUAUAGUUUAAAGUGUUUGUGAAGUGGGGGCAAGGCCCCAAAUGCAAAUCCAGCGACGGCGUCUCAUUUCAUUUCACAUAACCCCAAAAUCAGUGCGCUUUUUUGUUGUUUUUUUCAUGGUGAAAACGUCGCGGCGCAAGGAGAUCGGUUAAAAGUGUGAAAAGCGGCAAAUUUACGGCGGAAAAACAUUGGCAGGUGGCAAAGGUGGUAGUGAAGUAUAGUGAAAAGUGUUUGUGAAGUGGGGGCAGAGCGUGGAUCUGCCCCAAAAGGAAAGCGGCCCCAGGUGUCUUAUUUUCAGUGCGCUUUUUUGUUGUUUUUUUUUGUGGUGUGUUAAUGAAAUGGUAAAAAUGUGAAAUGGUGGUUAUGUGAAAUGGUGAGAGUGUGUAAAGUGUGUGUGCCAGAACAUUAAAACUGUUGACUGUAACUCUAUCAUUUGUUGUGCGUGUGUUUCAUGCGCAAAUUCGACGUUGAGAUUUGCCGAAAAUAAUAACCGAUGCAAGGGAGCGGUUGUAUUUUUGACGAUCGACUCCCAUAAUGGCAUUAAAAAUCUUUUUAAAUAAACUCCUAUCGCUAGCCAUAUCGCUUACUCUCUAGCGCUCUCUCAUAUGACGUGGCCAUUGGAAGACAUCUGGAUAACCAAGAAGAAGAAGCUUAAUUCGAUCAAGAUGAUAUGAAGCCUAAUUAAAGUCACCAAGAACAUAACACUGGAAGGAAUUACUGCGAUUAAAUCCAAAGGAAGUUUUAUCAAGAAUAUUGAAUUUACCCAAAAGAAGAAAAAGCCACACAGAAAAACCACCUGAAAAUUCAACCAAAAGGAAAGAGCCUUGUACAUCCUGUUCUGCAGAUUGUCGCCGGCGAUUGGAAAGCAUUUUUUUGCCACUGCAUUUUGUUGCCUAUAUAAUAUAUAUCAUUUGGCUUUAUGUGGCCUGAUUUGGGGGCCACCAGCAGCGAGCAGGAGCAGCAUUACUAGCUAACUAGUUGCAGGUGCAGACCAAAGAUGGCACCGCGCCUGGCGGUGAUCUUGGCGCUAACGGUUGCGGUGGCCUUCGUCGCCGGACUGCCCAUCACAUCGCGUCCCAUCGAGGGCAAUGCCCAGCGGAUGGCCUGGGAGGAUUGGAUCAACUUGGAUCCCGUUCAGAAAACACUUGAGAAGGAGAAGAAGGUGACGGCCAAAUCGAUAUUCACGCUCCCCUACCGCAAUUGUCCGCCGAACCACAAGCUCUUCAAGGAUACCUGCAUACUCAUCAGUCAAAUCGAUAGCACAGAUGUCCUCAAGCAGGAGUUGAUCCUGGCCGGUGGAGUGGGAGUUAAGCCCAUUCUGGACUACGACUAUGACAGUGACAGUGAUGAUGAUGCUAGCGGUGAGUCUCAGUACGAUUUGUCUGAUAUACAACAGCAACAGCAGCAACAGCAGCAACAGCAGCAGCAGCAACAUCAUCAACUGGAUCAACCAUUUCCCAUACACAUUGGCGGCCUUGGUGGGAACGAGGACCAGGCGCUGCCCAGUGAGAAUGCUCCGUUAAAGUUUAAUAUAUUUGAAAAGUUCCCAACGGGCACUGGGGAGCCCGAGGUGAAGGUGGACGUGGAUCUGGACCAGGACAUGCUAGGUAGCAUUGCAAACUCAACCACAUCCACAUCCACUUCCACAGAGGCGAGCACAACAGCAACAGCAAUAGCAACACCUGCAGCAACACCUGCAGCAACUGCCACAGCAUUGAGUGGCAAUCGCAUUGCUGGCGGGGAUUUGCUGGCAGCUUCCAGCAAUGCAAUGUCCACAACCACAACACUCAUGGAGAACACCAGCAGCAGCAACAGUAGCAGCAACAGUAGCAGCAGCAACAGUAGCAGCAGCAGCAACAGUACCCUGGAAAUUGGCCAGGUGGAGGCCAUUGUUGUGCCGGCGGGUCAGCAGCCGCAGGAUGGUUCAUCAGUGCAACUGGUCACCAGUUCCCUCAUCGAUGUCGAUGAUGCCUCUGAUACCACUACCAAUGCGGAUGCAAAUGUUGCUCCUCUUCUGGAGAAUUUAAAACCCAAUGCCAAUGCGGAGGCGGAUCUGGCUCAACUGCUCAAGGUCGACGCCUUUCUGCCGGCCAGUCAAGAUGCCAGCAUUGAGUUAAUGCCGCCGCCUUUCAGUCGUCGCCGUGUGGCGCCGCCAUUGAGCGCUGUUUUGGAUGUGAAAACCAUACAACAGGAACAGGAUUCCAGCGAAGAGGAGCCAGUGGAGGAGGAGACCACCACAGAUAUUGUGCCAGCUGAUGAGAAUGAUGAUGAUGAUGAUGACGAUGAUGAAGAGGAGUGGUCCACCACAGUCACUGGCGAGACAACGGAUACCAGCGAUGCGGAGGCGGCAACAGAGACACAGUCGGAACCUCAGCCAUAUCCGCCAUCUGCGGAGACCAAGAUAGAUGAACAUGAAAAUCAUCGCCUGGUCUUGAUAAAAUCGAAAGUGGAACCUGUUCAGGUGACAACAACAACAGCAGCAGCAGCAGCAGCAUCAGAAGCAGCAACAGCAUCAGAAGCAGCAGCAGCUGAUGUGGGCACCUCCACUGACCGGUUUCAUUAUCAGACAAGUCCAGGGGAAGGCGGCACAGUGACAACAGCAGCAACAAUCCCACCACCGAUCAUGCAGAACGAUGACAAUGACAAUUUAAUGACAAAUACUAUAGGCGGCAAGGAGACACAUCAAGAUGAUGAAGAGGAUGCUGUGGCCAAAGAAUUGCGUCUCAUCAAUGCCUUGGUAAAAAGUAGCAAGCGAAAGCAGCAGCAGCUAAGACAGGAGCCAGAAACAUCCGAGUUACCUUUAACCACCGAGGAAUCCUACUCAUCGUCGUCAUCAUCAUCAACAUCAACAUCAGUGUCAGAGACGACAUCAGUCUCAUCCACCACCGUCGCAAAUUGGUCAAAGGUGAUGCCGCAAUUAAGCACGAGCAGUACAGCAGCAGCAACAGCAACAUCCAGCAUUGCUAAUGAGAGCAGCACUGCAGCAGCAGCAGCAGCAACAUCCACUGAAACCGAGGGAGAAGCAACAUCAGAAGCAUCCGCAACAGCAACACAUUUAAGUAUUAAUAAUCGUAGCCAUAGGAAUAGUAAAAUAAUUAGAGUAGAGCAAGCUAGCGAAGAGCCAGCAGCAGCAACAGCAACAGCAGCAGCAGCAACAGCAACAGCAGCAACAUCAUCCAAAAGCGAUGGCUACACACCCUUCUGGUGGCUGCCGAAUAUAGGUUGGAGUCUGGAGCGGCAGAUGGAUCGCAAUGGUGAGGAUCGAUCGCUGUUGCUUAGGUUCUUUAGCUCCUUUGGAGGCAGGGAUGGCAAAAGCCACUAGUAGGUGCAAUGUCCAGCAGCAGCAGCAGCAGCAGCAGCAGCAGCAGCAACAGAAGCAGCAGCAGCAGCAGCAACUCCCUAGCUCUAAACGAGAGCCACAGUGGAGGUUAGAAAGCAAAUGUUGUGUGUGUAGUCCAGUGUAGUGUGUCGUUUCAAUUGCAUGUUGAAGUUUGUUCACAGUUGCACCUUUCUUUUGCACCUUAAUUAAUAAUUAAAUCCCCUCUUAAAUAUAUUUAUUAUUUCUCCUUGUUCUUUUUUUUAAUGAUUUUUAUGCCAAAUUGUAAAUAGCAAAUUGUAAUUCAAUUCUAGCAACAACUUGUACUCUUUCCACACAUAUAUAUGUACUAUUAUUUUUUGGUGUUAACUAAAGUGCUGCAGUUUUUUUUUAAGUUGUUGAUUUAAUUUUAGUGCAAAUAUAUAGGGUAUUUUUUGUAUUUUUUGAAUAUUAUUAUUAUUUUUUUUUAUAUAUUAUUAAUACAAUAGUUUUAUGUGCCUGCUGCUGGCGUUGCGCUGCGAACCGUAGCAAUAUUUAAUUGUGAUUAUUUACGUGUAGAACUUAGGCUUAGUCCGAUUGAUUGUUUAGGUUUAGGCUAAGAUGUAAUUGCUGUUUACGAAAAGAAAAGGAAUAUACUCUCCGCAUAUAUAUAUAUAUAUAAUUUUUAAUAACAAUAUUAUUAUUAUUUGCUGUCUCUGUGUACAUAUAUAUAUAUAUAUGCUUACUACUUAUUACCACUACGUGUACCACUGUAAAAGCCAUUCAAAUCGAAGCAAUUCAAUUUCUUUUUUAGAUUUUAAGCCUACUAUAUAUUUAUAUGUCUAUCGAUUGUAAUGCAUGUACAUAGUUAUACGAAAAGCCAAGUGCGUUGUCAAUACAAAUAUAUAUAUACA